AAAUGUACUUGUUGUUAUCUUUAUAAGUGCAAAUUUCAUGCGCUGAAAGGGAUUUUUUAUCUUUCGUGAAGUGCUUAUGUAGCCUAAUAUGUUGUCUUGACUGUCAGAUCGGACUUUGGUUCAACAGAGAAAACACGUUUAACUUGUCAAAAUGCAGCUUUAUUUCCUUCUGUUGAUCUUGUCCAUUCUUGGAUUGAAUGAAGCAUCAUUUCUGUGUUACCAGUGUUCCUAUGAAAAGCUGUACAAUGUGAACGAGGUCUGGAAUAAGAAAGCAUGCAUGGAUAACCCGGAUUCCAUUGGUGUUAGCGGGCAUGUGAACUGCAAUUCCUCGAGUUACUGCACAUAUCAAGAAAUGUAUGAUAAAGGUAGAAAGGUUGUUACGAGCUACUUCCGGUCAUGUUCAGCUGUGUCACAGGGAAACGCGUGCGUUGAGGACUGGACUCACCUGACAUGUUCGGGAACAUGCAGAGGAGACUUUUGUAACAGAAAUGAAACAGGAACGCACCACCAAAUACAUUUCGGAUAGAAUAGAUGUGAAAUUAGCCUAUAAACGCUUAGUAAAAAUCUUACAUUAAACAACUUAAAAGAUA